GGUCUCAGUGACGCAGCCAGCAGGAGCAGUCGCAAGCUCGGAGAGCACGCGCAGCUUCCUGGAUGUAAGCAGGCAAGCAGGCGACCGAGUACAGGUUCGGUCGCGCGCUUGGGCCUGAGGGGCGCGCGCAGGGGGUCGGAGCGUGUUUUGGCAGCCUGGCAGGUGCGCUGCGGUGACCUGCGGGCUGACAGCUGCUUUCAUCGAUGAGUGGAGGCCGCAGGAACCACAGCGCGGCGGCUGCAGCCAGGUCUUCACGGUACAGCUCCACAGAGAGGAUAAUGGAAACUCCGCAUCUUCCGCCGAGAGCCUAGACGGAGCCGGAUUCCUCUGUUUUUGCUGCCCCGCCCCACCAUGGCCGGCAGAAGCCCCCCACAGCACCGGGACGUCCAGGAGCUGGUGACGAAUGAGGGUGGAGCCGGCCCCCAGAGUGGCGCCGAGGUUUUCUGCAAGCUGUGCUUGAGCCAGCGUCCAGCUGCUGCAGCCAAGGAGCUGCAGAGCUGCAAGUGCACGUUCUGCGGCACGUGUUUGCAGCAGUAUGUUGAGUUGGCGAUAAAGGAGGGUGGGGGAACCCCCAUCACCUGCCCGGAUAUGGCCUGCCAGAAGAGCGGCGUGCUGCUGGACUCGGAGGUCGCCAGUUUGGCUGCGGCCGAUCAGGUGAGCCUUUACCAGCGGCUGAAGUUUGAGAGAGGAGUGAAGCUGGACCCCAGCAAAGCCUGGUGCCCGGUGCUGGAGUGUCAGGCGGUGUGCAGCGUGCCGCCCAGCUCAGAGGGUCGACCUGCCGCCGCGCCCUGCCCGGCCUGCCGCGCGGUGUUCUGCUCCGGCUGCAGAGAGCUGUGGCGGGACGGCCACGUGUGCCCGGAGCUGCAGCCCAUGAUCGUGGCCUCCCCGUCAGAUGAAAGCAGGGACUCGGAUGCUUCCAUCAAGCAGUGCCCCAUGUGCGGCGUCUACAUCGAGAGGAACCAAGGCUGCGCACAGAUGCUGUGCAAAAGCUGCAAGCACACGUUCUGUUGGUACUGUCUGCAGAACCUGGAUGGCGACAUCUUCCUGAGACACUACGAUAAAGGGCCGUGCAGAAACAAGCUGGGCCACUCCAGGGCUUCUGUGAUGUGGAACCGAACGCAGGUGGUGGGCAUCCUGGUGGGAGUCAGCAUCGUUGUGUUGGUGACCUCCCCGCUCCUGCUGAUGGCCUCCCCCUGCAUCCUGUGCUGCGUGUGCAAGCCCUGUAGCAGGAAAAAGAAGAGGAAGAAGGACGGCGACUCCUCGCCAUAGCUGCUCCCAUCAGCCUGUCCACGAUCGCUCCACUGACCUCGCAGGAGGCGAGGAGGGCGCUGGGUAAACAAGCCGGACAACUGCUCUCUUGUUUCUCAACACUGUGGCCUCUGAGCAGGUUCAACAAGGACGGACUGGAAGCUCAGACAGAGAGCUGCUCACAAAUCUCUGCAGACUUUAAGGAGCUUCUGAAUGGGUCAACAAACAUGUGGAGGGAGAUCGCAGGCCUUUCAGCUGGAAAGUUUUCCUGGACCGGGCUCUCACUCCACUUGCCGCUCACAUCCAGUUCACAGUGCAACGCCCCUCUCAUGUGCCAAACGUCAUAAUGCCAAACCGGAGGUGUAGGGUGCUUAAGUGCCUCGCUCCACAGUGCCAGGUGCUUGCUUCCAUUUCUUUUGCCUUCCAUUCUAUCUUUAUCUUAUGCAAAAGUGAAGCAUUAUGAAAAUGGAUCAGGAUCUCACAGGGCUAAAAAAACAAAAAGCAUAACAAUGCAAAAAUGUCCUUUAGUGUAAAGACAGCACUUUAAGAUGAUCUAAACAUGAUAGGGCUUCAAUGGUGCACAGAGAACGUUUGUUGUCUCCACCAGGCAGAUGUCCCAGACCAAAGGCUCGCAAAGUUUUCUAAAACUAUGUAUGUAUUUAUGGAUUUGAGUGUGUGUCAUUUCUACGUUUCUGUUUGUUUCUACAUCAGAUCUUUUCUAAACGCUCCAUUGUCAAAGGAAAAUAAAUGUGCUGACGAAGCGACA